UUGAUUACCUUCAACUUCAGUCGAUCGAUUGAUAAUCUGAAACUCAUCUCUACUAUAACCUAUCAUCCAUACCAACUUCAAAAAUCUAAUUCUACUUUUCUCGUAUAUCAAUCUCUGGUGAUCUUCAUUCUACAAUGUUUAAAACCGGUAUUACUAAAUCUGUUCGAAUCGGAUCUUCUCUCAACCUUCGAACUCCCAAUCUCGGUGCUUCUCGAUCAACCUCAUUCUUGACCUUUAACAGGGGAAACCACACUUUACCCAAUUUACCCUAUGCAUACAAUGCGCUCGAGCCUGCAAUUAGCGAGCAAAUCAUGGAGCUUCAUCACUCGAAGCAUCAUGCGGCAUACGUCAACGGACUCAAUGCUGCCGAAGAGGCUUACGCGUCAGCUUUGAAGUCCAAUGAUGCCUUGAAACAGAUUGAACUUCAAGCUCAAAUCAAAUUCAACGGUGGUGGCCACAUCAAUCACUCUCUCUUCUGGAAGAACCUUCAGCCUGAGAAGUCUGGAGGUGGCCAAUUGAAAGAUGGUGCCUUUGCUAAAGCUGUGCAAGAGCAAUACGGCGGAUUAGAGAAAUUGAAGGCUAACAUGAACGCAGCUGCGAUGGGAAUCCAAGGGUCUGGUUGGGCUUGGCUGGCUGUCAACAUCAAGGAGAAGAAGUUGACCAUCACCUCCACCGGCAAUCAAGAUCCACUCACUGCCCCACUUGUCCCAAUCAUUGGUAUUGACAUGUGGGAGCAUGCGUUCUACCUUCAACACCAAAACCGAAAGGCUGACUACCUAACCAACAUUUGGAAAGUCAUCAACUUUGAAGAAGCUGAGGCCCGUUACAAAUCUGCAACAGCCUGAUUGCUGAUUGUAUAAAUUAACUCGGGCUAUUCUUUCAAUGCUCAUUUAUCGUUCUUUGUUCUUGCAAAAAAAAUAACCUCCUGCCUGUUGGGCUUUAUAUAUAUACAUUUUUCACAUGUUUAUUCCAAAAUGAGAUAUCAAAAAGAGUGUUAUACAUGUUC